AUUCUUUGGAGGUUUAACAAAUAGGGGUUUAAGAAUUAAGAGCAGCCAUGGAAGACGAUUCCUCCACUACUGCAAACCCAAACCCUAGCCAACCGAUCGCAAUGUCUCCGUCAAAAUCCGUACAAAGCGAGGCCGACCCAGAGCCAGAAACCCCAGAACCCGACGCCCCAAUCAGAGAAUCCUCAGAUCCUCCGCCGGAGAAGAGCGAUCAAGAAUCCCAAGAAGAAAUUCCAGAGGAAGAGGAGGAGGAAGAGGAAGAGGAGGAGGAAGGGGAAUGCGGGUUUUGCUUGUUCAUGAAGGGGGGAGGGUGUAGAGACCCCUUUAUCGAGUGGGAGAAGUGUGUGGAAGAAGGCGAGAAGAACAAGGAAGACAUUGUUGAAAAAUGCUUCGAGGUCACAUCUGCUCUGAAGAAGUGUAUGGAGGCGCACUCGGAUUACUAUUCCCCAAUUUUGCAGGCGGAGAAGGCUGCUGAGGCCGAGGCCCUGAAGGAAUUGGAGAUGGAGAAGGAGAAAGCGGACGAAAGUAAUUCUGAAUCAGGAUCGACAGUAACGGUGGGAGAUUCAGAGAGUUCUGAGAAAAAGGAGUCUUGACUUUGGUAAUCAAAAGAAUUGAGCUUUUUUUGUUAUUAUUUUUUCCAGCUAUACAUGAUUUUGAUCAAGAGAAAGUUAUGGAUAUUACAAAGCUUAUUACUAACAUUGAUAUUCUCAAAUAAUCGUGUCGAGAUUAACCAAAUUUAUGGAUUCAUAUGACUCUAUUUUGGAAUCAAUUACCACAUUUUAUCAGCUUCAUAGAUUCCCAGUUUUUUUUUUUUUUUUUUUCUCAGCUUGGUAUGUUUGAUUUGAUGGUUUCUGAUAAUCAUGUGAUGGAUGUAGGGUUUUGUAGCAGGACAGAUUUGAAUUCAAGCUAAAAA